ACUACUUCUAACCGAACACCUCCAUUCCGCCAACUAAAUGUUCUUCACACGUCCAUUGCUUCAAGCCGCCAAGAAGGCCACCACUGGCUUGACCGGCAUUUCUGUUCACCCCAACCCACGCCCACACCUUAUCCAAACAUACAACAAGACGCUUGAAGCUCUGUCACGUCUUCCUACACACGCUGUCUACCGCCAGUCUACAGAAUCACUCACUCAACACCGCUUGGCUGUCAUCGAAGCCACUGAGGACGUUACGCAAAUCGAAGAAGCAAUCAACAAUGGUCAAAUUGAAGAACUGAUUAUUCAAGCCGAAGACGAACUCAAGCUGAUUGGCAAGAUGGAGGAAUGGAAGCCAUGGGAGCCACUUGAAGUGCCCAUUCCUAAGGGCCAGUGGCAAUACAACAGAGAAUAGAUUUAUCAUUACAACUAUAAUAAAAAAUAGCCGGGA